AUGUAUCAAAUAUCAGGAAGAAUGAUUGAAGACAUUUAUAAUCCUGGUAGAACAACUACAAUGUUAGGAAUGUUAAAAUAUCCGAACGACUUUCAGUUAGCACAAGAAUUAAAUCAAUUGUGGUUUAAAGAUAAUCAUACAUUAACUCUUAGUAGAAUAAGUAAUGGUGAUGCUAUUUUUAAAGCUGCUAAUGCAACAGCAGGAAUAGUUAAUUUAAGUAAAAUAGCACUGUUUAUGCCUGAUAUAACUCCAACAAUUGAAGAAAAAAAUAUUUUAUAUAAAGAUAUUGAAUCAAAAAUGACACUUCCAGCAUAUUUUAGAUCUAAACAUUCUGAAACUGUUGCUGUUCCACAAACUUCAUCAUUUAAUUGGAGAUUAAGUGCACAGACUGAUAGUGAAAGACCUAGGUGUAUAAUUGCAGCUUUCCAAUCAGGUAAAAAUUUAGAUCAAACUACUAAUCCAGCAUUGUUUGAUCAUUGCAACUUGAAAAACAUGUAUGCUACACUAAAUAAAGAUAGAUAUCCAGCCGUUGACUAUAAUUUAUCAUUUCCAAAUUAG